AUGGUGUUCAUUCAUGAGUCUCUGACGCCUGUGGCCGUCGCUGUUGGAGGUCUAAUCGCUAGCAUAACAUACAUCAUCCUCCUCUCCAUCUACAGACUCACCCUCCACCCCUUAUCCAAGUAUCCCGCGCCCCUCCUCUGGAAGAUCAGCCACCUACCCAAGGAAUACCACCUCUUCAAAGGCACACUCACCUACAGAACAGCAGAAUUACAUGAAAAAUACGGACCAGUCGUGCGUUUGGCGCCAAAUACCUUGACGUAUAUACUCGAAGAUGCGUGGACCGAUAUCUAUGGGAGACCUGCACCGAGGAACACGCAACUGAUUAAAGAUGAUGCGCAAUUCGUUCCGCUUGGUGAUAGUGCGCCGGGAUUGCUUAUGGAGCCGGAUGAUAAUGAACAUGCUAGAAUUCGACGAAAUUUGAAUCCUGGAUUCUCAGACAAGGCAGUUAGGGAUCAAGAACCCAUUGUCAAAAAAUACGUCGAUCUCCUCAUGCAGCGUUUUCGUGAGAACUGCCAUAAGCCAGUCAAUGCUGUGAUGUGGUUCAAUUCUACCACUUUCGACAUAGUCGGGGAUCUAACUUUUGGCGAAUCAUUCGAUUGUCUAGAGACUUCCAAACUUCACUUCUUCGUAGUGACCAUCUUGACUGCUUUAAAGUCAAUCUUGUUCAUGGGCAUCUUGAAAGGAUAUGGCCUUCACAAGAUCCUCUUCGCAAUGACUCCAAAGUCUGUCCAGCAAAAGCUUGAAGAUCACUUAGGUGUGACAGCCAACAGACUGAAAACAAGAAUGGAAUCCAAAUCCUCUCGACAAGACUUCCUCACACUCACCAUGAAACAACUCAACCAACCCAACGGCGUCAGCAUCGAAGAACUCCACGCAACAACAGGAACCCUAAUCUUCGCUGGCGCCGAAACCACAGCCACCCUCCUAAGCGGCUGCAUAUACUUCCUCGCCGCCAACCCCCCCCAUCUUCCAUGCCCUCGCCGCCGAGAUCCGCAGCACCUUCACCUCGGAAUCAGAAAUCGACAUGGUAUCCCCCCCGCAUCAUUCAACCGCGUCACACCUCCCUCAGGCUGUUCCAUCGCAGGCUCCUACAUCCCCGGCAACACCGUCGUAGCCGUGAACCAAUGGUCGGCGAACCACUCGACCCUGAACUUCGCUCGACCGUACGAGUUCCUGCCGCAGCGCUGGCUCGGGGAUGCAGAGUUCGAGGGCGAUAAGAGGAAGGCGAUGCAGCCGUUUAGUGUUGGGCCGAGAGGAUGUCUGGGGAAAUCGCUGGCGUAUGCCGAGAUGCGACUUAUUCUUGCGCGGUUUGUGUGGAAUUUCAAUGUUGAGCUUGGGGAGGGGAUGGAGGGGUGGGCGGAGAAACAGAAGGUUUGGUUGGUUUAUGAUAAACCUGAGUUGCUUGUCAAGUUGACGCCUGUGAAAAGAUGA